AUGAGGGCCCAAAUGCAUGUCGCCAUGGAGAAGAGAUGGCUUAUUAACUUGUCUUUGAGAACCUCUAGUUUAACCGGAGAAUUUCUUGACAGGAUCCACCACGACUUGUCUUGAUACCUUGGAGGAGAACACGGGUUCCAGCCACGAACUGUCGUGGAAGACCCGCCCCCCUUCGUCCUGGAUUUUGGGCGUCGCAGCAACGUGGCGAUGGGUUCAGUUGUUCAGCUGUUUUAUCCUUUCUUGAAAUUCCCCGGCCCUCUUGACAUUCCCCUCGGCACUGGACUCCUCCCCGGGUCCUUCCUCGGAUUCCUCGAGCGCCUUGGGCCAUCUCGGCGUUCCUUUUUGCCCCCUUCCCCAAGUCCUCGAGCGCUUCAGUAGCCUUGUCGAUGGAGCCCUUGGAGGCUCUGGGCCCCGUGAGGGACGUCGAGUCGCUCCUCGCGAAGAAGUGGACCAGAAAUCACAACCUGGGAAACCCGAAUCACCAAAGAUACCCUCAGCAGGAUCAGCAGAGACAGAGUGAUCGAGGGGCUUAUCGCGGCGGACGUGACGUUGGCGCCGACUUCACCAGGAAGGACCGCACACUGCUAGGUUUGCCGGAUCGCACAACCUCAACCAAUGAGUACGUCAGUGGACGCCGGAUUUUAUGCAAUAGUGAGAUUGCGUGUAUUGGCUGUGGCAAGGAUACAGCAGACGUCAUUGUUGAUGUUCACGACUUUGAAUGUACCCCAGCUGAAAAGGUGAAUGAUGUCUUGAUUAGCGCGGGAUGUAUAGAGGGGCUUCAUUCCGAGGUUUAUGCCCAUCUGGUUGAGUAUUUGGCUACCAAGGGCGCACGACACAUGAAUGUAGCGGCUGACAUUAUCGAGAAGGCUGGAAAACCCGAUAUUGCCACCUAG